UCCUGUCAUUAACUUGACCAUUACGGUGCCAUUACGGGAUACAAACAGAAGGUUAGCCUGGUGUCACCGAGCAGACUUCCAGAGAGGAAAGGGAUCAUCUGUGCAGCCUUCGGAGCGAUAGAGUCCGUGUUAUGAGAAGGCGACACUGUUUGCCUCGGCACCGUGAUUGAACACCAUGGCUGCAGCCCCUACCCUCAUACGGACAGAUUCAUCCCGGGGGGAGUUCUCCCCUCUCAAACACUUUGUUGUGGCCAAGAAGAAGAUCAGCGAUGUGUUUGAACAACUGCUCAACUACGUCAACGAGACCUCGGAGUUUGUAGAAGAAAUCAGUGGCAACAAGGCUUUGGAGAACCUUGCCAGCCAGGAUCAAAAGCUGGAGAUUCAGGCCUACGCUGAAAAACUCGAUGUCAUUAAGAAGGUGCUCGCUCGCAGGCAGAUGAAAGUGGCAUUUUUUGGCAGGACGAGUAAUGGUAAAAGCACCGUGAUCAAUGCCAUGCUGAGGGAUCGUGUGCUACCCAGUGGUAUUGGCCACACCACCAACUGCUUCCUGAGUGUGGAGGGCACAGAUGAGGACAAGGCCUGCCUCAAGACAGAGGGCUCUGAUGAGGAGAAGAGCAUUAAGACUGUUAACCAGCUGGCUCAUGCCCUCCACAUGGAUGAAAGCCUGGACGCUGGCUGUCUCGUCCGUGUGCUCUGGCCAAAGACAAAGUGUGCUCUGCUCCGAGAUGAUCUGGUACUUGUAGACAGCCCCGGGACAGAUGUCACGACACAACUGGACAGCUGGAUAGACAAGUUUUGUCUGGAUGCUGAUGUCUUCGUGCUGGUGGCAAACUCUGAGUCCACUCUCAUGAACACGGAAAAACACUUUUUCCAUAAAGUGAAUGAACGUCUGUCAAAGCCAAACAUUUUCAUCCUCAAUAACCGCUGGGAUGCUUCAGCAAACGAACCAGAGUACAUGGAGGAUGUGAGAAAGCAGCACACAGACCGCUGUGUGAACUUCCUCGUGGAGGAGCUGAAAGUUUUGGACCGUGAGCAGGCACCCAAACACAUUUUCUUCGUCUCUGCAAAAGAGGUGCUCAACUCCCGCAUGCAGCGUGCACAGGGCAUGCCUGAAACGGGUGGUGCUCUUGCCGAGGGCUUCCAGGAGAGACUGAAGGAGUUCCAGAGCUUUGAAAGGAGGUUUGAGGAGUGUAUCUCGCAAUCAGCAGUGAAAACAAAGUUUGAGCAGCACACUAUCAGGGCCAAGCAGAUCACAGAAAAAGUCAAGAGCAUCAUGGAUGACAUCAACAUCGAGGCGGCGGAGAAGAGAGUGGCAGCACUGGAGGACAGAGAGUACCAGAUGGACCGACUGGAGUUUGUCAAGAAUCAACUCAACCUUUUGAUUGAGGACAUUAAAAAGAAGAUAAAAGCUAUCAGUGAAGACGUGGAAUCCAAGGUGUCCAGUGCCAUGGGAGAGGAAAUCUGCCGUCUGCAUGUGAUUGUUGACGAGUUCCACUCUGACUUCCACCCUUCACCUCAUGUCCUCAAGAUUUACAAGUCUGAGCUGCUGUCUCAUGUGGAGGAGGGAAUGGGCAAGAACCUGGCCUUCCGCUGUUCGGCCGCCAUCAACGCCUCAGUUCAGUCCUCUCAGAAAUACAUGAUAGAGAGUAUGCUCCCUCUACUUCCCUCUUCGGUCAAGAGCCAAGUCCAUAUGCUGGUGCCCAGCAGGAAGUUUGACCUGAGUUACGACCUAAACUGUGCCACGCUUUGCAACGACUUUCAGGAGAACAUUGAGUUUCAGUUUUCGUUGGGCUUCGCAUCCUUAGUCCACCGAUUUCUGGGAUCUGCCAACGCAGAGAAAGCUCUCAGACUGGUGGAUUCGAGCUUCAAGACACCUCGACCGGCACUGCCUGCAGCCCAGACACCAUCUUCUGGACCCCCUUCCAUCGCAGCGCCGCCCAACGGCGAGACAGCUGUCAUGAGUCAAGAAGACCUGAUGGUGGCCAUGGCAACCAAUGUGGCAUCCCUUACUUCCCACACUUCGAUGGGCGUUAUCAUUGUUGGAGGAGUGGUGUGGAGAGCAGUUGGCUGGAAGCUGAUUGCUCUGUCUGGCUCACUCUAUGGCUUGCUGUACCUAUACGAGAGACUCACCUGGACCACGAAGGCAAAGGAGCGCACUCUGAAGCGCCAGUUUGUGGACUACGCAACAGAGAAACUGCAGCUUAUCAUCAGCUUUACUAGUGCAAACUGUAGCCACCAAGUCCAACAGGAGAUGGCUGCGACCUUUGCUCGGCUCUGUCAGCAGGUGGAUCAGACGCAGAAGGACCUGGAGGCAGAAAUCCGUCAGCUGACAGUCAAGAUAAAUCAGCUGGAGACCGUCCAGAGCCGCUCCAAGAGCCUGCGACAUAAAGCCACCGAGCUGGAGAAACAGUUGGAAGCGUUCACAAACCAGUACCUGCAGCCCCAGCAGUGAAAGCGCUCCUCUUCCUCACUUCACAGUUUGGCUCUAACCGAGCCGACCAUUCCUCAGUCUGGUGAGGCCUCACUACACCACCUCCUGAACUACACCACGGUUUCUGUGCAGUAAUCCUGGGAAGAGAUAAGUCAAUGAAAUGAUUGGUCAGUCACUUUAUAAUCAGUGAAAUAUCAGGCAAGACUACUAAACCUGAGAUAUUAAGACUUAUUUUCCUUUGGUUUCAUUUGUAUGAUUUAGUUUUCAUGAGUUAUUAUUUUACUUUUUGUUACACCAUGUCUCCUUUGGAUUCAGGUGAUUUUUCUUCUUCUCAAUAGCAGUUAAUUAUUAGUUUUUUUUAUAUAUUGUAGACUUGACAGAGCCGCCCCCCCCCAACCCCCCCAAUAGACAGUAUUGACCAAUGAACAGAGUGAAAAAUAUUUUCCCCUCAUUGUUAGUCAGUCAAGUGCUUCAGUUGCUUGAGUAUGACCUGUAAAACAAACACUCAAUGUGCAAAAGAAGGCUCCACUAGGUGGCGAUAUCAUUUUAGUCGGCAUGAAGGCUACUGGUUGGGUGCUACAUUUUGACACGAACGUGCUUCUAACUGUGAAUAUGCCUUUUUUUUUUGGAUUUUGUGGAGCAAAUGAAGUUUGUGUGUCUGUAAGAUUAUACAUGUAUCUGCACGGACCCAUGGUGUAUGUGUGCUGAAAAAAUAAAUAUAUUUAAUAGUAAAAGAAAACCAUUUGUUUUUCAUAAUGAACUUAAGAUAAAUCCAGCUAUAUGAGUAGGAAGGGAAAACAUCUUUUAGAGUACAGUAGCUUUAUGUUCUAUUUUCUAACAAUCCCAUACUGUACAGACUUUGGAAAUCCUGAUCUAUUUUAUACUAUCCCAUUUCAUUUCUACCCACUAGACUUACAACAGCAAUCACACCCGUCAGCACUUUUCAGAAAUUUUUUCCUUGAUCGUGUGUUGAAAUCUAUCUCGACUUGCCAGAUUGUAUUAAACACUCAGUGAUCAAAAGCCGA